CCCACCCGCCCGCUCCUCUUUCCGCAAGAUCGCAGAGGUGGCGCGCAGCCCGGCGAGCCGAUGACGGACCCCUUCCUCCUGCCUUCAAUGCCUCAGCGGAAGAUCCCCAAGGGCUGGAGCGAGGAGCGCUGCCGCUGGACGUCCUCCCGGGGAGGCUGCUCCGACCUGCUGCGCGGCGCGUCUGAGACUGGGGACUGAGCCCUCCCCGCCGCCGCCGCCCGCUCCGUCGCUGCCGUCGGUCUGGACUGGCCCCCCACUCGCUGCGCCCUCUGCCUGGCCCCGGCCCCGGCUUGGGGCGUCCCGGGGCUCGCCCCGCGCCCGCCGCCUCCCGCGCGCCGUGUCCUCCCGCGCGCCGUGUCCUCCCGACCCCGCGGCAGCGACGAUGCCCGGGAGGAGGGUCCUGGCGGCGGCGGCGCGGAUGGUGGCUGCCGGCGCCCGGGUGUGAUGCGAGCGUCACGGUGGGGAUGCUGCUGGCUGCGCGGCGCUGAGGGCCAGGGAGAGCGAGAGCCCGCCCGGGGCGGAGGACGGACUCAUCCGGAUCUGGCUGCAGCGUGGGCUCGGAGCUCCCCCUUCCUCUCGGUCUCCCCCUUGGCCCCCUUGUAUUUCGCUCUCGCUUGGCGUCUUUAACACCUCUCGACCCGUCCUCCCCCCGCCACUGGAAGUCUUCCCGUCUCUAAAUGGAAUUAGUGGAGCCCGGAGCCUCUGGUGUAACGCACAGACAUGAUCCAUGGGCGCAGCGUGCUUCACAUUGUAGCAAGUUUAAUCAUCCUCCAUUUGUCUGGGGCAACCAAGAAAGGAACAGAAAAGCAAACCACCUCAGAAACACAGAAGUCAAUGCAGUGUGGAACCUGGACAAAGCAUGCAGAGGGAGGUAUCUUUACCUCUCCCAACUAUCCCAGCAAGUACCCCCCGGACCGAGAAUGCAUCUACAUCAUAGAAGCCGCUCCAAGACAGUGCAUUGAACUUUACUUUGAUGAAAAGUACUCUAUUGAACCCUCUUGGGAGUGCAAAUUUGAUCAUAUUGAAGUUCGAGAUGGACCUUUUGGCUUUUCUCCAAUAAUUGGACGUUUCUGUGGACAACAAAAUCCACCUGUAAUAAAAUCCAGUGGAAGAUUUCUGUGGAUUAAAUUUUUUGCUGAUGGAGAGCUGGAAUCCAUGGGAUUUUCAGCUCGAUACAAUUUCACACCUGAUCCUGACUUUAAGGACCUUGGAGCUUUGAAACCAUUACCAGCUCCAUUUUUGUGUGUUUAUUUGGCAUUUUGUUAUUUAGUGUGUGAGUUUGAGAUGGGCGGUCCCGAAGGAAUUGUGGAGUCUGUACAGAUUAUGAAGGAAGGCAAAGCCACGGCCAGCGAGGCUGUUGAUUGCAAGUGGUACAUCCGAGCACCUCCACGGUCCAAGAUUUACUUGCGAUUCUUGGAUUAUGAGAUGCAGAAUUCAAAUGAAUGCAAGAGAAAUUUUGUGGCUGUGUAUGAUGGAAGCAGUUCCGUGGAGGAUUUGAAAGCUAAGUUCUGUAGCACCGUGGCUAAUGAUGUCAUGCUACGCACAGGUCUUGGGGUGAUCCGCAUGUGGGCAGAUGAGGGCAGUCGAAACAGCCGAUUUCAGAUGCUCUUCACAUCCUUUCAAGAACCUCCUUGUGAAGGCAAUACAUUCUUCUGCCAUAGUAACAUGUGUAUUAAUAAUACUUUGGUCUGCAAUGGACUCCAAAACUGUGUGUAUCCUUGGGAUGAAAAUCACUGUAAAGAGAAGAGGAAAACCAGCCUGCUGGACCAGCUGACCAACACCAGUGGGACUGUCAUUGGCGUGACUUCCUGCAUCGUGAUCAUCCUCAUUAUCAUCUCUGUCAUUGUACAGAUCAAACAGCCUCGUAAAAAAUAUGUCCAAAGGAAAUCAGACUUUGACCAGACAGUUUUCCAGGAGGUAUUUGAACCUCCUCAUUAUGAGUUAUGUACUCUCAGAGGGACGGGAGCUACAGCUGACUUUGCAGAUGUGGCAGAUGACUUUGAAAAUUACCAUAAACUGCGGAGGUCAUCUUCCAAAUGCAUUCAUGACCAUCACUGUGGAUCACAGCUGUCCAGCACGAAAGGCAGCCGCAGUAACCUCAGCACAAGAGAUGCUUCUAUCUUGACAGAGAUGCCCACACAGCCAGGAAAACCCCUCAUCCCACCCAUGAACAGAAGAAAUAUCCUUGUCAUGAAACACAACUACUCGCAAGAUGCUGCAGAUGCCUGUGACAUAGAUGAAAUCGAAGAGGUGCCGACCACCAGUCACAGGCUGUCCAGACACGAUAAAACCGUCCAGCGGUUCUGCCUCAUUGGGUCUCUAAGCAAACAUGAAUCUGAAUACAACACAACUAGGGUCUAAAAAGACAAUUCAAGCUAAUCUCUUCUAAACUCCUCAAGCCUAUCAACUAUUCUCGAACUAGGUGAAUGCAUUUCCAUGCUCUAUAUUACCUUAAUAAAUUGGUGUAUUUGUAUGCAUUUUUCAUUGGGAGAAAAUGUUUUAACUGUUUUUUAUUUUCAGAGAAGAACUAUUUAUACAAACAUGGGGACUGUGAAAAGAAAAUUCUAUAGUGAAUUGUGAAAAGUGGACAUAUUUCUAAAUUCAUUCCACUGCCUUUAUCCAAACUUAAGAAUUACAGACAUUUGUUAUUCCUUCGGCAAGACAUCCCCGCUGCACAAUGAUAUGUUCAUUUCGUAAUUUGGUUGCUGGCCACCAAGUGCUCCUUAGUUUUUAAAUACAUUUUGAGAUUUACUGGAAACUUGAAGAAGAAAUUAGUUCCCGAUUAAGACUAUCCCAACUUUAUUUUUAUUGUCAGUUUCACUUUUGUUUCUAUGUUGUUUUAUGUCUUUGUUAUAUAAUUGUACAUUGUGUGAUAUGUGGAAAAAAAACACAAAUUUGGAUGAACCUUGUGUUACAUGUACAUUGUUUUCAUUAUAUAGACUGCUUGAGAAUAGUGCGUUCCUGAAUGAUUUUGAACAUGCUACAGUGAAAAGUGACUGUGGACCAUGGAAUCACCAGCUAGAGGUUAUGGACUAUACACACCUGUUAUUAUAUUCUGAUUAAAUGCAGCAAAAAGUAACAAGUAAAAUUACUAGAUUGCAAUAAAAAUUUUCAUUUUUGGUAUUUCCUAUAUAUCCCCGAUUUUUCCUUUUUGUUUAUAUUAAAGAAGGUAUUGAGUUUCAGAAAUCCUUUUUGAAAUCAGGUAUUCUACCAUUCAUACUCUACAGUGAAAUGUUUUUGAUUAAGCAGUUAGCAAUAUGACCAAAUUGACAGUUUGAGAAAACACCAUGCAUGUCAGUACUGGAUAUUUGAGCUGGGAAAAUAUCCUUUUUGUUAGACACAUUGUAAAAAGCAUGCAUUGUCAAAUACUGUUGUUACUCUUCCAUUUCUUUAUGUCAUAUGCUUGCUACUUAUGCCUUUUUAUAUAAAUAUAUAUAAAAUGUAUAAUAAUUUCCUAAUUUGAGUUAAGAGAAAUAUUUUCUUCCAUUAGAGUGAUAAAAAAACUGACUUACAUAAAUACACAUUUUAUAUCAACCCUUUCCACCUUUUAGUACAGGAUAUCCUUCAGUACUGAGGCUUACUUCCCCAAAUAUUUGGCUUCUAAAAGUUUAGGGGAAUAUGUUCUUCUUUUAGAAUAGGAAAGUCUUUUUUUUUUUUUUUUUUUUUUUACUGCUUUAAAAUCACAGGCCCCUUUAUGAACUAAAUUACACCAUUAUGACUUGUUCUUCUUCUCAGGCACACAAUACAUCUGAAAGUUUAGUGAUUAUGAUGUGUUUAACGUAAAGUAAAAUCCUAAAAUACAUUUUAUUGCUAUGAUAUACACAUCCGGUAAUGUUUGAUUUAGUGAGCAAUUAUUUUUAAAAAAUAUUUAAUGCAUGAUCUUACAAAAUGAAUUUUAAAAAUAAGAAUUCUAUAGUAUAUAUGCUUACCAACUUUUUCAAAACUACUGAAUUCUACAGGUUGAAAGAGUUCUUUCCAUCCACUAACAGAGCAAUCUGGUCUACUAAAAUUUGAACUUUGCAAUUCAAGCAAGCUUUGCAAACUAAACAGAUGAAUUACUGUCAUACAUCCCUAUUAGGAAUUCAAUGUCAUAUAUGUCACAAAAUAAUUAAACAGAAAAUAAAAUAAAACUUCAUAAUAGAAAAAUCAAAGAAUUAUCCUAGCUAUUAUAAACACCCUAUGUUGAAAAAAUGUCAAGUUACACAAUCACUUCAAUGAAUUUGAUAAGCUGGGGAAUAUGGAAAAGAUAUUGAUCAUGACAAAUAAAGAUUAUUUUUCAUUGUUAUGCUACAUAUUUCAUACAUAUUCCUUGUGAUAAAAUCUAUCCUUUUUAUUUGGCUUGACUGGUUUAUUUAUUACCAUGGUUAUUUUUUUUUUUUUUGCCCUUUAAUUCAAAGUUAAUGCACCGAAGAUUUUUUAAAAAUGAUUAAUCAUAUCUUACAUUGCUUUCUCUAUUUAGAAAUCUCCAGAAGACUCCUUUCCCUUUGAAUGAUAAUCUCAAAAGCAUGAUACACCCUUCAAGACUUUAUGUAUAACAGCAAUAAAAAUAGUGAAAUAAGUUGGGUGAAUGGUUUACUAUACAUUUGCUCUAUAUCUGUCCGAUAUGUUCAACCCCGUCCAGUUUCUCCUAAAUAUACAGAAUGCUGACUACCUGCUUAAAAGAUAUUUCCACCGGAAAUCUACUAAUGGAGACUUUUUAAAAAAAUCCACCAAAUUAAAGUAUAAUAUUAAAUAUGAAUAGCUCACACAUAUUUAAUACAUAGCAGCUUCAUGGGAAAAAUAUUUUAAAUGAAGAACAGGCCUCCUCAGUGAUAACUCUAAAAUUAUUCAGCAAUGUACUAAUCAUAAAACAAGACUAAUCAUAAAACAAGAUAAUGUCAAUGACUGGGUAGGGUCUGGAGGUUUCCUCUGCUUCUGGCAUUCACUCCGGAUGCUGGAUCUUGGGAGUACAAGAUUCUAACGGAGCUGGGAGAUGGUCUCUGGAGGGCCCUGGGGGUGUUUUUUUUAUCAGCCAGAAUUGAGAUAUGUCAAUAUACUAAAAACUAUUUAGUAGCUGUGUCAGACCUUAUCACCUGAAUGCAACCUUUGGCCUAAAUUCUAAAGGUGGUGACACACAUAGAUGAGGAAUGAGAUGUUUCAAGACUUUGAUGUCAUGUUGUUUUAAUAAAUGAUGAUAUUUUUUGAUAAAGUGAAUUCAAAUUAUCAACCCAAGUGCUUUACUGAUUCAAUAAGCUGACUUCAGAUAAUGUAUUAAGUUAGCCUGCUUUGUUAAUUUGAUAAAGCUAUUCUUUUUCAUUUUAUUUUUUCAAGUUUUAAUUCACUUUUCCAAAUCAUGGUGGCAUAUACUAACAUGUCAUGCUUCUGAAGCCCCAUAUUAAGCUUUGUAACUCUGUUCAAAUGUAUUGUGGUUGCCUAAUUUCAGGGUUCUAGUUUGGAAAUCUGAUUUCUUUUGUACCUAUUUUUUUAUAUAUACCAAUUUUAAACAUUAUCUUGCAAAAUACAUAUAGGUGGAAUUUGAUUUUCCAUAAUUAAAUCGAAUUUGAUUUUGUAACUAAAAUGUGACUAUCCACAUAAUUGGAGAUCAGCAUCUUUGGGCUUUUAAUGGAGAACAAAUCACAUUGUGUUGAUGCUGGCUUUUCUGUUUCACAUUACUUCUGCUCUAGAAUUAUUUUCGUGAGUGUAAUGACUCCAUAAGUAAUGAUCCUCAGUGUUUAGUAACUUAGGUCAUUGGCAUUACUUUGAUAUUCACAUAGCUUCUGUAUCAUUUUUUUUCUAUAUUUUUCCCUUAGGAAUUUAGUUUGGGUCUUCCUCAAAUUUUACACCUUUUUAAAAAAAAUUCCAUGAAUGGGUUUUUCCCAAACUCAGAAUAUCAUAAUAAAUUACAAAAUAUGACCCUGGUUCCUAUUACCUUUAUUAAAAUGAUAGCAAUUAAUUUUCUGUUGUUUUGUCAGUGAAAUAAUAGCAUUAUGAAGUUUGUAUAUCUCUGUGAUGUAAAUGAGUCAUGUCAGAUUCCCUCUCUGAAGGGAAGUAAAUAAACAUUUUUAAAAUUCUCUGAAUUCUAAAUAAAUAUGUGCUGAAAAGUGAGUUAGGGAUUUGUCUAAUUGCACUGAGGAGAGUUCGCUUCUGUGCCAUUUUUCUCUGUGCACUUUUUUCUCCAUGGGUUCAUUUCUUUCUGUCACAGUCUACCACAAAGGAUCCAGGCAAGAAAUUGUAAUAUUGCCCAUGCCCAUCUUAAAGGUUUAAAAAGUAGCAAAAUAAAAAUAUAUUGUUAAAAUAGCCAGAGAUGUUUUUAUACAAAAUCCCAUUAAAUAAAUCUGAGGACCUUUGUUAAUUUGGAAUUAUCAUGAUUCACUUUAUUAAUAAACUUGUUUUCAUUUGAUUAAAACAAAUUUCUCUGACUGAAUUAUAAUAUCAAAACAAAUUAAACAGGGUAAUAAAAAUAACAACCAUAGGUGACUGAUGUCCAACACUCAUAAAAACUCAUCAAUUUCUUGUAGCCUCUGGUUCUGUACUUUCUUGUGUAUUAUUACAGAGGUAAAAGCUCUCUUAACAUGCCUCUAGUUCCUCCGAGGUAGGAAAAAUAAACUCAGCCUGCUUUAGACUUGUGUAUUUGCUUGAGUUGGUUUCCAGAAGCAGUAUGUUCUUUUUCCUGAAACAGUAUGAUCAUAUUAUUAAACUUCUCCUUUCUAUUCGUAACUACCGUGCAGUCAACAUGUUCUUUUUUGUUUCCAACUUCUCCCAUCCUUCCAACCUCUGAGGCAUGCUAUUUUACAGUGGUUUGUUCUUUGAAAAAUUGUUUUUGUGCCCUCUCUUAGUAGUCACAGAUACUGACACAAAACUUAAAAAUGACCAGAAAACAUAAUGUAUAAAUUAUUUAAAAUAAAACAUUCUUUUUAUAUCACAUUA